AUGGCGUCUAAACUCUUUCUUCCCUUUUCAUGUAUCUUGUUUCUUGCUUUCUUUCUCCUUCCAGUUCUUUCGCAUUUGCCCUACCCUCAUCUACAACCAAAUGGGUUAUUGGGUAAUAACACUAACCCGUCACCUUUUGGGUUUCUUAAAUCCAUGCAAGGGUGUCGUAAGGGAGAGAAAGUGACUGGUGUUCGUGACCUUAAAGUCUAUCUUGCUCGUUUUGGAUACCUAAACUACCAGAAAAACCCUAAUCUCCCAGAUCUUGAUGAAGAUCAUUUUGACGAAGAGCUUGAGGCAGCCCUCAAGUCGUACCAAGCUUACUACCAUCUGAAUGCCACUGGGACACUCGACGAGCCCACGGUAUCAAAGAUGGUGAUGCCUCGUUGUGGGUUUCCCGAUAAAGAAACUCAUCAUAACCAUAACACCAAUAACUCUUUACACACAGUUUCCCAUUACAGAUUCUUUCCAGGAAGACCAAAAUGGCCAAGGGGUAAAAAGCAUCUAACUUAUGCUUUCGGAUCACGUUUCCCAACCAGAUUCAUGCCUCCUGUUGAUCGAGCAUUUAGAAAAUGGGCUACUGCUACUCGAUACUUCACGUUCUCAAGAGCUAGAAGUUAUCGUAGCGCUGACUUAAAGAUUAGUUUUGCACGUGGAUCUCAUGGAGAUGGGAAUCCAUUUGAUGGACCUGGUGGUGUGUUGGCCCAUGCUUUUGCACCUACAGAUGGAAGACUCCAUUAUGAUGCCGAUGAUCGUUGGGCAGUGGGAGCUGUUCGGAAUGCUUAUGACGUGGAGACUUUGGCAUUGCAUGAAAUAGGCCACUUACUUGGGCUUGGUCAUAGCCAAUUUCAGAAUGCGAUAAUGUGGGCUACGUUCAGGUCAGGAGUAACGAAAGGUUUGAAUUCGGAUGACGUUAGAGGGCUUAGGGCUCUAUAUGGGUUUUAA